UCCAAGACUCUCCAGGCAUCCUGCACAGCGGCUGCUGCUUCCAUGGGCCACUCGCCCCAGGACAGUAUGGCCAAAGAACCCUCCAUCACCGAAGCGAUACCCUGGAGACAGUGAUCCUGGUCAAUCCCAAUGUGGACAGCAUUGUAUCUGAGGUCCGCUCACUGGUGUGUGAUUCAUCAGUACACAAACUACUGGUCUUCUGUGGUCAGAGCUCAGAUCAGGAAGGAGACUUGAUCCUGCAGACGGGGACCUUCACUUACCAGAAAUUUGCUGAGAUACUUUCAGAUCCAGAGGUGACCCAGAUUCUUAGUAACACUGAUUCAGAUACCAAGGCCUCUCUUACCGUGUCGUGUUUGGGAGAAGGAGACUGGAGCAACCUUGGGCAUCCUCAAUUUCAGGAAAUUAUUAAUCUGAAACUGAAUCCUGAUCCAGUUCUGCCAGAAAUGGAGGGGGUGUCUGAGUUUGCAGAAUACGUCUCUGAGACAGUUGAUGUGCCAUCACCAUUUGAUCUCCUAGAGCCACCCACCUCAGGGGGCUUUUUGAAACUUUCUAAACCCUGCUGCUACAUAUUUCCUGGUGGAAGAGGUGACUCUGCUCUCUUUGCUGUUAAUGGGUUUAACAUCCUAGUGGAUGGUGGUUCUGACAGAAAAUCUUGUUUCUGGAAGCUGGUGAGGCACCUGGACAGGAUUGAUUCUAUUCUCCUGACACACAUUGGUGCAGACAACCUACCUGGUAUCAAUGGGCUGCUGCAAAGGAAAGUUGCAGAGCAAGAGGAGGAACAAUCCCAGGGCUCCACCAAUUACAGUGACUGGAUGAAGAACCUCAUUUCUCCUGAGCUGGGUGUGGUUUUCUUUAAUGUUCCUGAAAAACUGAAAAUGCCCGAAUCAUCCAUGAAAGUAAAGCGGAGCAUCGAAGAGGCUUGUCUGACACUGCAGUAUCUCAAUAGACUUGGCAUUAAAUCAGAGCCUCUUUACAGGGUGGUGAGUAACACCAUUGAACCAAUCACCCUUUUCCACAAAAUGGGAGUGGGAAAAUUGGACAUGUAUGUACUGAAUCCUGUCAAGGACAGUAAGGAAAUGCAGUUUCUAAUGCAGAAAUGGGCUGGUAAUAGUAAAGCAAAGACUGGCAUAAUUCUUGCAAGUGGGAAAGAAGGUGAAAUUUCUGUUCCUUAUCUCACAUCCAUCACAGCUCUUGUGGUGUGGCUGCCAGCUAGCCCAACAGAGAAAAUUGUGAGGGUUUUGUUUCCUGGAAAUGCUCCUCAAAAUAAGAUACUGGAGGGUCUUGAGAAACUCAAGCACCUGGAUUUUCUGAGGUAUCCAGUGGCCACUCAAAAAGAUAUCUCCUCCGGAAUGCCUCCACCAGUGCUGAAGCAGACCAAAAUUAAACAAAGAACUGACAGUAAAGAGAGUCUGAAGUCUUCUCCUAAGCCAUCUGUGACAAAGCAAGCUAAGAAAGAAGAGACAGCUGAGGAGGGGAUUAAGGAGGUAAAAGCAGAGGUCAUAAAGGAUGCUAAAACUGAGAAAAAGGUUAAAGAACAAGCUGAGAAAAUUCUUGAGAAACCCGUCAAACCUGAAAAGAUAAAGACCGAAUCAAGUGAUUCUCUCAAAGCUGAGAAAAGAAAACUAACAAAAGACAAGGUUGGCAAAAAGCAUCUCAAGGAGAAAGUAUCUAAAUUGGAGGAAAAGAAAGACAAAGAAAAGAAAGAGAUUAAGAAAGAGAAAAAGGACUUAAAAAAAGAUGAUGGGAAGAAAGAGGAAAAAAAAGAUUCAAAGAAAGAAGACAAAAAGAAAGAAACUAAACCAGAGCCCAAGAAAAUAUCUAAACCAGACUUAAAACCAUUCACCCCAGAAGUACGAAAAACAUUAUACAAGGCAAAAGUUCCAGGCCGAAUCAAAACUGAGAAGAUCAAGGUCAAACCUGAGAAGGAAGUAGCUGCUGAGCUGAAGACAUUGCCAACGCAGAAGACACCUUCACAGAUGGAGCCGGGAGUGACUUUCAUGGCUGAACAGAGGCUAGUCCUGUCUUCACCGGAAGAUCUUACCAAAGACUUCGAAGAACUGAAGCAUGAAGAAAAAGGGCACCUGCAGAUAACUCAAGAAAAGUCUGAUAUUGAAGUUAGCGAUAUAGUUGUGAGAGCACCUGCAGCAGCAGCACCUAUAAAAGUGUCCCCUGACAUGAUUGCCCGGUCUCACCCUGAAGCUGAUCUAAUUUUGAAAACAAGCAUUUCUGAUGAGGGAUUAAUUAUUACUGAUACGGAAAAGGAAUCACAAGGAGAGAAAAAGACAGUUCACCAGCUAGAUCUGAGAGCAGGUCAAGCUGAAAAAAUAGAGGAUGAAGGAAGAGCAAUGGACAAAACUCUCGAGAUGAGAUACAGCAAGGGAAAAGAUGAGCAGGACAGGGAAGUUCAGCUGUUGCCAGACAGACAACAGGUACCAUCACACACAGACCUCAUGGCAACAGCGCAGUCAACAGCAUUUAUGGAGGAAGAAAAGGAGGAAGAGGCAAAAAUCUGUUUGGACACAAAGCAGAGGGAAGCAGAAACAAAGACUUGUGAGAAGUAUAUUGAGGGGGCAGAGACACAGGAGGAAAGUGAGAAGGAAAAGCAAGAGGAUGUAAUAGAAAAGGCAGAGCUGGAAGAAAAAGAAGAACAGUACAUGAAGGCAGAGGAGAAGAUAGAAAAAAACAAAGAUUUGUAUGAGCUGAAUCAGGAUGAGAGGAAGGACAAAAUAUUUACCACUAAAGAAACAGAAAAAGAAUUUAAUGAAGUGGAUGAGAAAAACAAAUCACUGGCAAAGGAGAUAACAAAAGAAGAGUCCUAUCUGAGCAGUCUGCCAGUCCCAUCAGGAGCAGCUGCAGAACACGUUUCAUACAUCCAAGAUGAAACAAUCCCAGGCUACUCCGAAACAGAGCAGACCAUUUCUGAUGAAGAAAUCCACGAUGAACAGGAAGAGAGGAUCCCACAUUUGAAGUAUGAUGUCAACACCUAUGACAUUUCUGUUCCUGACCACCCAAGCUCUUUUGAAGCAAUACAUGGAAUACAGGCCGUGCCGGUUUCUGACCUUGCAGCCAAGGGCUAUACCGGCCAGGAGUCUGAAAUCCUUGCGUAUCCUACAAACAUUGUGGCAGCACCUCUUGCUGAGGAAGAACAUAUAUCCUCUGCUACCUCCAUUACAGAGUGUGAUAAGCUUUCCUCUUUUGCAACUUCAGUUGCAGAAGACCAAUCUGUUGCAUCAAUAACAGCCCCACAAACAGAAGAGACUGGCAAAAGCUCAUUACUUUUGGACACAGUAAAUAGCAUGCCCUCAUCACGGACUGAAGCAACCCAAGGUCUGGAUUAUGUUCCCUCUGCUGGCACAAUCUCUCCCACAUCUUCCUUGGAGGAAGACAAAUGCUUUAAAUCUCCACCUCCUGAAGAUUUCCAUGCACUCAUAGAAGGAGAGAGAAAAUCAGAAGCUCAGAAAAAGGAUCUUCAUGAAGAGGCAGAAGAGGAGGAGGAGGAAGAAGAUGGGACUCCAAAUAUUGAAAUGCCUGAGAAGCUCAAAGGUCAUUACACUGCCCCACUGUUUGCUCAUCAAGGACAUGCUGACAGUGUUUUAGCCAGUGCCCCUGCAGAAGUGAUGCAGACUUCUGGUCUGACAUUAUCUGCUGAAGAACCAUCAUUUUCCCAGGUUGAUUCUGUCUCUGUAGAGGCUGAAGAACGAUGCACAAGUCCUGAUGAUAGCACAGUCAAAAUGGCCUCUCCCACCCAGUCUGGCCCCACCAGUGCAGGACAUACACCUUUCCACCAGUCCCCGGUGGAGGAAAAGCUGGAAACGGUAGAUUCGGAGCUCUUUGAAAAACAAACGGAUGCUGCUGCCAAGAAGUUGGAAGGACAAACUGUUGCGGCAAAAGGACCCAAGACCGAAACAGAACCUCUCAGAGAAGACGAGGUCCCUGCAGCUAAAUAUCAUCAUGAAAAGGAGGUGCCUGGCCCUGCUGAAGAUGAGAUGGACUUGGGCAGCGAUGAACCAGUUGCUGCUGGGAAGGAGAUGCUGGAAGCACCCCCAGGAAAGGAGGAGCUGCCCUGGCUCUCCUACCACAAGCAGGACACAGUGGUGAUAGGGGAGGAGGAGGAGCUCCCCACCCUGCCUCCUUCCAGCACAGGUGUGUUUUCAGAGCCAGAAAAAGAGCCAGGCACUAAAACCAUAAUGGAAAGUUUCAUGGGAUUUUCCAAACCUUUGUCUGUUGAACCAGUCUCUACUACAGAACUGUCUCCAGGAAAAAUAGAUACUCCUCAGUUUACAAACCAAAGCAAAUCUGAAAGUGACAAAUCUUCACAAAUUUCCCCAGAUGACACCAAGUCACUUUCUUUUACAGAAGAAAGUCUUGGUAAAGAAAAAUCUCCAGAUAUUUCUCUCAAGGAAAUAGCUGCUGAAGAAGGAAGACUGCUCUGUUUCACAGAAGACACCUCAGAAGAAAAAUCUCAUCUUUCCACUAAAGACAUUUCUCCAGAAGAUACCAAAUCAAUUUCUCUUACUGAGGAGAGCCCUAGCAAGGAAAUCUCUUCAGACAUUUUUGUUAAAGGCAUUCCUCAAGAAGACAUCAAAUCUCUUAGUUUAAUAGAAGAGAUACCUGCUAAAGAACAAACUGUGUCUGACUUUACUGACAAAUACUCAGCAGCAGCUGCCACAUCCAGGCUCUUUACAGAGAAGAGCCCAGCUACAUGUGAAAAAUCUCUGAAAAUUUCUGACGAAGAAAUGAUUAAAGAAGCAUCAAAACCUAUUCCUUGCUCAGAAAGUAGCUCACACAUAUCACCCAGAGACACUUCAAUUGAAGAAAUCUCUCCAGAUGAUAGAAAUUUGUUUUUUUUAACAGAAAAGGGCCCAUCUAAGGACAAAAUGCCAGGAUUGCUCUCUCAAAAAAUAUCAGGGGAUGUGAAGGACUUACACUUUACAGAAUCUAGCCCAGUUCAAGAUAAAAUGCCUUCCUGCAUGGCUGCUGAAGAUCUAAAAUCUUCCAGGUUCAAGGAAGCUAAAGAAAAAUCUCCAGAAAUGGAAGAUUUGUAUGUGAAAGACUUGAGUUAUGAGAAGAAAGUAUGGUUCCCAAAGGAGGUGGAAGAGAUCCCUGUUCAGGGAAGCCGACAGAGGUACAAUAAGGAGAGGGAAAGCACGUUCUUGGAUGAGGUACCAGAAUAUGACACAAAAGACCUUCCUAAAAUGGAAGAAGAGGAGAUCUUGUCUCCUGCAGCACCCGGAAAUCACCCCUGGGGAGGAGUAGGAAGUGAAGCCUGGAGCUCUACAUUUGGGUAUCUUCAGGAAGGAAGGGACAGUGGAAGAGCAGGGGUGUUCCCCAGUGAGGAGGAGGAUGAUCUUCAGCAUGCUGAAGACAAACCUGUGCUGCUGCAAGCAGAAGCAGGACUUGUCAAACUGGAAUCCUGUGACUACAAAGGAGACACACUGAAAGGUACCAAACCUGCAGCAGAAAGAAGCAAAGUGGAGAUAGUUCCUGAAGACAUCACUUUCCCAGGAAAAACACAUGUGGAUAGUCCACCUCUGUCUUCUCAGUAUAUCUCUGGGGAGGAACAUCAGGCCCGGGUGUUAGCUGGAGACAAAGAAAGGGAAGAAUUGUUAGUGCCAUCUAAACAAGAUCACUCCUAUUUAGAUGAUGAUGAGAAAGCUGUCUUAGGUACCUAUGCCGAGUCACUGGACCAAGUACCAACAGCUUCUCCCCUGUCUAUAUUGGCUAGCAGUCUUGAAAAGGAGACCGGUACAAAACCAGAACCAGAGAGGCCUUACAAGACACCUUCACAGGAGAAAGUGCCAGAGAAGGAUACAGAGAAAAAAUCAGAUGUCACUGGUCUGUAUCAGGAAAUAAACUCGGAAUACAAGUCAGAUAGGAAACAAGAGGAUGACUGUAAAUCCACCAAGACUCCUCAUGACUUUGGAGAAAGCAAAGAGCAGAGAGCAGCAGCACCUGCUUCGUUGCACUUGGCAAGACCAGCAAAAUAUGAAUAUGCAGCAGCUUCCCCGGAAGAAAGCACUGCAGGAUCAGGUCAGAGCACACCCUCCUCUCUGAGGGAAGACUCUGCUCAGAAAAGCAGCACUGCUCUUGGUCGUGCUGAAGCUGUUGGGUCUGCCAGCCAAGCAGCAGGUCCUCCAGAAUCCUCUUGCAGGAGCCCCUCCGAACCUCAGUCCUAUGACAGAGAGAGCUUCAGGGCCAGGGGUGAGGACAGCUACACAGGAGCGGAGCAAGAAGAAAGGGAACCAACUCCCUACCCCGAUGAAAGAUGUUUCCAGUAUGCUGACAUCUAUGAGAAGAUAAUUAUGUCUGGAGCUGGGCUCUCCUCCUUCACAUCCAAGGGUGCAGAGAGCCCCGGUCAAAAUGACAUGCUGCCAACAAAAACAGAACUAGUCUCUCAAAAAGAUCAAUUUUAUCAUGUCUCUGCUAAGGAAGAAGAGUCCUGUCUUUAUACCUCUGCUGAAAAGGAACUGUCAUCUCCAGUAUCCCCUAGGGAUAAAUCAGGUUCAUCCUUUGAGUAUUCAGACAUUCAUGAAAGAUACUCAUCCUUGCCUGAGAUAGAUAAGCCUAGGACACCCAAAGCUCAGGAAGAACUGAAGGUGUCCCCUGCUCUGCCAGAACUACUGAGCUCUUUGCCACACACAUCAUCUGCAAGCCCAACAUUUGCCUCUCCUACAGACAUCAUCAACCCAUUUCAUCAGGAAAAAUCAGCUGCCUAUAUUGACACUCCUUGUCCAGAUGAGAACAUCAUUUUGUCUAGCCAGGAGCAGAGAUUUCUGUCCUCGAAAUCCCAAAUCCCAAAGCCCAAGGAAGUACACUAUGAAAAAGCAGGGCAAGGUGAAGAAAGCACAAGUGAUUCAGAAUUAGAAAAAGGUGCUAAGGAGAAAUCUGAAAAAGACUCUAAGGUGCCUGACUCUGCCCAAGCUGCAGGCACUCUCUAUGCACCCAUCUCCACAGUGGAGAAGUUUGAGGCAUCAGAACCAGCUCCCCAAAGCAAGCGUCAAGAGUCCAUUUCACCCACUUCUACUGCCUCCUCACCUUCUGAUCCAGAGUGGAAGGAGGACUAUGGAAUCAGGAAAACUGCGUCAGCGGCCGUUGUGGGGACAUACACUGCUGGUUACAGUGACCUGCCAGACAUAGGCAUAGAUAAACAGGCUUCACAAAGGUACCAUUUUAGCCAAGAUUCUUUGCAAAGGAGAGAGGAUGAUGAAAAAUCCACUAAGGAAUCACAGUUCCAUGUAACAAAUUAUCCAAGUACAGAGAUGAUCUCUGAGUGCUUUGAGAAAGCCACAUACUUGAAAUCUACUCCAGAAAAACAGUCCGAGGAAUACAGAAAAGGUCCAACAAGAGAGGAAAGACUGAUGGAUAUCUCUUCUGAGUUUGAAUGCUCUGUGCUAGGACAGAGCGAAACAUCUAGUGUGUUCAGACAUGAGCAAUCCUUACCAAGCCAUUUAGGGGAUGUAUCUCUUACUUUAAAAGUUCCUUGUGCUUUGCUCUCAGACAGGGGGAAGAAAGAUGAAUACUUGGAGGUUUCUGAGAAAACUGGUUGUCUUGACUCAUCUUUUACUAAAUUGUCACCACUGAGUCCAUAUGAAGAAGAUAAAUUAUUCUCUAAAGCUGUGGAAAGAGAGUCUGUGCUCCAGCAGCAGCUGAAAGAUGACUCUUCCAGCCUGUCUGAGGAACCAUCAUCUGAAGCUACCACUCCUGUGAUACCCAGCACAGCAGAGGGUUUCUAUUCACACAUGCUCGCCACAUGCACAGGUACAGAAGCAGAACCAGGUGCCAGGAGUCUUUGGGAUGUGUCUCCACAGAUUCCAGAUAAGACUGUGAAGACAAGUUCAGCUGAAACCAAAGACUUGGUGUUUGCUGAAGAACACAGCUCUGUGUUCUCUGGUGGAAUGGAUGACAGCACAUUGCCAUGCAGACAUGAGAGCCGGGGCUCACUGCCCACACCAUUUUCUGCAGAGAAACAACAGCAAGCCUGUGCAACCAGUCCAGAGCAGAAGUCAUCAAUUACAGAACAGCUGAUGACAUUGACAUCUCUCCCUGACAGAGUGACAUUUUCUCCUCACCAGCAAGAAGAUGAAACUGCAGCCAAUGGUCCAACAGAGGUGAGCACAGGUCUGCAAGUAGAGACAAAAGAUGAAAAAACAUAUUCUGAUUCUGACAGCAGCUUUUCCCCAUGUGCAGGCAAAGAGAACACAGAUAGGCAGAGCCGUCCUUCCUCUUUGAUGUCCCCUGAAUACAGUUUCCAGCCCUUUUUCCCAGAUGUACAGAGAGGUGGAAGAAGAGAGGACCAUGGAGAUGCUUCCCAUGAGAUGGAGCCAUAUUUAGGAGGUCGCUCUGACUAUGGACAGAAAUUUUCUUCAUGUGAAUACAGGCACAGGAAGGGUGAGCUCUCUCCUUCAUUCAUCAACCCUAGUCCUCAUGAGCUUUCUGAAGACAGUGACCUCUCACAAGAGGAAGGCCAUCCUUCAGUGCAGGGGAGACCACCCCACAAUAUUAGCAGCCCUGUACAAAGUGCAACAGUGGAGGAAACUCCUCCAACAUCAGUCAGUGAUUCUGGAACCUCCCAGUCAGACUCCGAUGUCCCACCUGAGACAGAGGAAUGUCCGUCCAUCACUGCAGAUGCCAACAUGGACUCGGAUGAAGAUGCCGACUUCCUCCCAGUGGACAAAGCUGUUGGGAAUGCUCAUCAUACUAGUACGAGGUCCAGCCAUGAUCCUCAGCCUGUUCCAAUGGUAGAUCCACAUCCUCAUCCUCCUCACCCAGAUGUCUGCAUGGUAGACCCUGAAAUGUUGGCAAAUGAGCAAAGCAUGAGCAGAACUGAUAAAAUUUCCAAAAAGGACAUGAAGGAAAAGAACAAAGGUGUUAGGAAGCCUUUGAACAAACCCAAAUCAUCUUCUCCUGCCAGAAAAUUAGAUGUCAAAGGGAAACGGUCACCCACUCCUGUGAAACAGCCAUCCGACAAAUCUGCAACUGCCAAAAAAGAGAGAGAUGGAGGAGAAAAACCCAAAUCACGCAGUACACUGGUGCAGCCUCCUCACACAGAGGAUGAGUUGUCCCGGAGCAGUCAUAGCAAUCCCAGCAAGAGCCUUGUUAAUGGCAUCAAAACAAGCUCUGCUUCCAAUAGUCCUAAGAGCAGUUUGUCUGUGCCCAUGGGCCCACCUGUCUAUGUGGACUUGGCAUACAUCCCCAACCACUGCAGUGGCAAGAACACGGAUCCUGAGUUCUUCAAGCGGGUUCGCGCCUCCUACUACGUCGUGAGUGGAAACGAUGCCGCCAACGGCGAGCCGAGCCGCACGGUGCUGGAUGCGCUCCUGGAAGGGAAGUCGCAGUGGGGCGAGAACCUGCAGGUGACAUUGAUACCAACACAUGACACUGAGGUGACAAGAGAAUGGUACCAGCAAACCCAUGAGAAACAGCAGGAGCUGAACAUCAUGGUCCUGGCAAGCAGCAGCACUGUCGUGAUGCAAGAUGAAUCCUUCCCAGCCUGUAAGAUUGAGUUCUAGGUCUCCUAC